CCUCACCAUCACUUGGCCCUUGUCAUCUUUGCCCUAGCAGUCACCGUCCAAGCCCCAGGCUGGCCACUUCCGAAGCCCCGGAUGCCAUGGAGGAGUGGGACGUGCCCCAGAUGAAGAAAGAGGUCGAGAGCCUCAAGUACCAGCUGGCCUUCAAGAGGGAGAUGUCAUCCAAGACUAUCCCUGAGCUCCUCAAGUGGAUCGAGGACGGGAUCCCCAAGGACCCCUUCCUGAACCCCGACCUGAUGAAGAACAACCCGUGGGUGGAGAAGGGCAAGUGUGCCAUCCUGUGAGGCCCCCACACCCCAGACUCACGCCUCCCUGUGAAGAGGACGACUCUGUAAAAAGUGUGACUUUUAUAAAGAGUUUUCA